AUGUACGGCUGCGCCACAUCGUACGCCGACUGGCCCGCCGCCACUCCAGUCUGCUCGUACAACCGAAACGCUUUGCGUUCCCGAUCAACUGUGCGGAACUACGUUGUAUAUAUUUUUUUGAAAAAAUGUUUAAUCGCAGGUGUAACAGCCGGUGGAGGUGGUGGCUGGGAGCCUCUAGGACAACCUUACUUUGACAAUAGCACGAAGCGAGAAGCUACAGCUGCUGUUGGUCAGCCAGCGUAUCUGCACUGCAGAGUCAGAAAUUUGGCUGACAGAGCUGUAUCCUGGAUUCGCAAACGCGAUUUGCAUAUCCUGACCGUGGGUGUGCACACAUACAGCAGCGAUGCUCGCUUCGCAGCACUGCAUGCGGACGGCUCCGAUGAAUGGACCCUGAGGGUAGCACCAGCUCAACCACGAGACUCCGGUGUAUACGAAUGUCAAGUGUCCACAGAACCCAAAAUUAGUUUGUCAUUUAGACUCACCGUUGUUGUGUCGAAAGCUGAAAUUUUAUCGGGACCGGAGCUGUUUGUGAGGGCGGGUUCAGAUAUUAAUCUCACUUGCGUCGCAAAAUACGCUCCCGAUCCCCCUAGCUUCAUAUACUGGUAUCGAGGCGAACAAGUGGUAAACUACGCACAGCGUGGUGGAAUCAGUGUUGAAACUGAGCAACGUACCCGUACAAGCCGUCUGCUCAUUGCCCGCGCCGCACCCCAUGACUCUGGCAAUUACACCUGUGCGCCGAGUAGUUCAGAAUCUGCUUCCGUGAUCGUCCACGUACUGAGUGGAGAGCGACCAGCAGCAAUGCAAAGUUCUUGUCCACCACCACCAAGCCUGAAUCGAGUUUUCUUCAUUGCGACCACGAUAGUAGCAGCAUCAGCGACCAAAAUCCGCCGAGAUGUCUUGUUUCCAUUAAUAUUAUACAUAACCUACAGCUUUCUUCAAGUAAUUGGAAUUGUGGUAUUAGUUUUUGCAAUUUUUUUUAUACGUCAAAUUCACUAUUCAUUUAUUUCAAUGUCUGAAAUGAGAUGA